CAAGCUUUCAACGGCGGAGGUCUGACGUUGACCACAGACUUACUUUGUCCUUGCCAAGACAUCAACUAUGAAAAGGCACAAGAAGAACAAGAAGGUGAGAAACGCACGUGAUGAUUAUCAUACCGUCAAUCAAAUUCUGACCAUCCACACGUCACUGGUUUCCCUCUCCAUGCGGCCUCUGUGACCUUCAGAACAAGCCCCAGGCCUCCCCGGCCGCUUCCCCCGCCAACCACCCAUCUCACACCUCCCAUUCGUCGUCCCCCAACGCAUCGCCCACAGCCAACGCCGACGCCGCCCAGCCCGCCGGAACCGAUGCCGUCGCCCUUCCACCGAGCAAUGAGCAAGCUGCCGAGGACGAGGCGGGCCUCGACCACGACGCGACGCCGGCGGAUGUCAACACCCCGCCCCAGGAGACGCCCCAGGACCCCGACACACCCAAGGACAACGGAGAGGGGCAGUCAGCCCGGCAGGACGACGAGCGGCUCAACAAGUACCUGAAGGAGCACGAGCUCAGCUUCAGCAUCGUCAUCAAGGCGAUCAAGAAGUGUCGGAAAGCCCUCGAAGCCAUCGCUCGGCUGGAGGCACGGCAGCCCCACACGUUGCUGCCGGAGGAGGCCGAGAAGGUCAAGAGCAAGGCGCAGAAGGAGCACGAGAUGGCGGUGCUGGUCAAGCUGAGGGACGAGUGCCUCAAGGCUGCGAGGGAGGGCAUGGAGAGGGAGGGGGCGAAGGGCAAGGGGCAUGCCACCACCCAAACGGACAUCAUCGUUGUUGAGGUGAGCCGGAAGGGGAGGCAGGCCACGGGAGAACCUCUGUCUGUCACCUUCAUCGGUUUCUGUGUGUCUGUAUUCCUUUCUGUGUGUCUGCAGAGUGUUGAGGCGCAGACAGAGGACGGGCCAUCGCCUCCUGAUGCUGCUGCCGAGUUGUCUGGAGAUGACGCUGCUGAGGAGCAUCCUGACGAGCGGCCUGCUGACGAGCCGCCGGCACCUGAUCCGGAGCAGCCUCCUACUGACCAAGAUCAGCAAGGCACAGACCAAGUAAGACAAUCCACAAUGCCACACCAGAUUCCGACAGCACUCAAACCAUCGCUCCCUCUCUCUGUAUGCAGCCGCCGCCGUGCCAACAGGGUGAGACCGCCGAGGAGGCCGUCAUGGUUGACACCAUGCAGUGGUUGGGGCAGAAUGUCGAGCUGUACGGCGGCCGGCAGCCUCCUGAGGCCUUCCAACUCCGUGCUUACUUCGGCAUGCAGCCGGAGGGUGGGGACCGACUGGGUUACUACAGCCCUCCCGCCAACCACCGCCUGGAAGCGGACGCCGGUGGUGAGCCGAACUUCCUCCAAGUGGCUGAUCAGCAGCAGCAGCCAGUGGAGCCACAGCCACAGCCACAGCACUAGGGCCAGGGAGUACAGCAGCAGCAGCAGCAGCAGCAAGGGGCUGAUGUUGUGACCGGUUCCCCCUCCCACGCUGCAGCAGCUAUCGGCCAG